CGACAAAUGUCUGACUCUUUCGGUGUGUGAAAAUUUGAUGGAGUUUUUGGGAGUUUUCCCACAGGAAAAACCUGCAAUCGUAUAAAAAGUGUGAAUACUCGUCUCCACCGGAAGACAGUCACCUGGACGAGAGCUCGGUCUUCGUGCGACAAUGGCGGCUACCAUAGGAAGAAUUUGCGGAGUGCAAUUGCUGAAAUCUAGCAACAGGGCUGUCUUGCAGCAGAUCAACAACUUCUCCACCACCAGGACAUGGAGCAAGACGCAGAAGAGAUUUCUGGCCACCAUGGGAAUGCUUGCCGGAGGCGCCGGAGCGCUGGUUUACGCUCUUGAGCAGUCUGUGGAGGCAUCCGGCACGGAGGUGCAUGCGCCCCAGCUGCCGUGGAGCCACAGUGGUUUGAUCUCCUCUCUGGAUCACGCCAGCAUCCGUCGCGGCUACGAGGUGUACAAGCAGGUGUGCGCCGCUUGUCACUCUAUGCGCUACAUCGCUUAUCGCAAUCUUGUGGGGGUUUCUCACACGGAGGCCGAAGCGAAGGCUGAAGCUGAGGAGAUUCAGGUGCGUGAUGGGCCGAACGAGGCCGGCGAUUACUUCAUGCGACCGGGAAAGUUGAGCGACUACUUCCCCAAUCCGUAUGCAAACGAGGAAGCCGCGCGCGCGGCCAACAACGGCGCCUUCCCGCCGGACUUGAGCUACAUCACGCUGGCUCGCAAGGGUGGCGAGGAUUACAUCUUCGCCCUGCUCACGGGCUACGUGGAUGCGCCAGCGGGCAUAGUGCUGCGCGAGGGACAGCACUACAAUCCGUACUUCCCCGGAGGAGCCAUUUCCAUGGCUCAGGCACUCUACAAUGAAGUAUUGGAGUACGAGGACGGAACGCCAGCGUCGGCCAGUCAAUUAGCUAAGGACGUGUCGACGUUCCUCAAGUGGUGUUCGGAGCCGCACUGGGACGAGCGCAAGCAGAUGUUCAUCAAGGCGGUGGGCAUGUUCACGCUACUCGGCGUCCUAGCGUACUACAUCAAGAGGCACAAAUGGAGCGUCCUCAAGUCGCGGAAGAUCGUGUUCAAUCCCAAGAAGAGCGACAAGUAAAUAGCCCAGAUUGUAAGAGCGCCAGAAGAGAGAAUUGAAUGCUAUUCAGCCACUCAAUUAGAGAAAUUAUCAAACCAA